AUGGUCAAGAUACAAGUAGUUCUGUCAAGGAUCUCAGAACCAAACAAACCAAUAGCCUUCAUGGAAGGUGCACUUUUGAACCCGUACAAAGUAGUGGCCUUUUGGAAAAAUGUCGAGAAAAGCCAAUAUAAAAUUAAAGCACUAGCUGAGAUUGGUUGGUUUGAUCAUCGUCCAGCUUUGCAAAUGAAGGUUGAAUAUACCAAAGUUCCUCAUGAAAUAAAGAAGAAAAUUUCUUGCGUUUUCUUGAAAAUGCUUAACAUGCUUGGCAUCUCACUGGAAGAGAAAAGAAACCCCUAUGACCAGAUUAAGAUGAUUACAGUUGCAAGAACUUCAGAAAAGUAUGAUGUAAUUCUCAAAACUUCACGUACAACCACCAUUUUUCCAAAUGUUCAGUUUCCAUGGUCAUUCUCUGAGGAUAGGCUUAACCCAGUCGAGCAACAACUAAGCUUUCUAGAUUUGAUAAUUGGUCGUACCCACAAAGGGAUUUGUUCAGUGUAUCGUAACAAUCUUACAACCUUUGCUGGAGCUGAAAUCCAAACCCUUCUGGUUCCAAACUGCCCUCUGAUCUUGGCUAAGAAUCGUUAUAAGCAGUUCUCUGUGAUGAUGAUGCAGCGAUCCACCCAUGAUAUCACAAAAGACCUUAUAUUUGCUAGUAAUGGCCCAGAAAUUAAAUUGUCAGUUAAAGAAGGAGCCUAUCAAGUAGAAGUUGAUCAUGUUGAAGUGCCUCUAUCAUCUCUUCCAUAUCGCUUUGAAGGACAUGGUUUAACCAUUGCCAUCACAGAGAAAAAUGGUCAACUUGUACUGAAGGCUUAUGAUGAAUUAACUUGCUACUAUGAUGGACACAAUAUCACGAUUGAAGUAGACUCCAACACAAUGCAAGAACAACUACAGGGGCUAUGUGGUCAAUUUGAUGGUGAAAAGGAAUUCCAGACUCCAAGUGGACGUAUAGCUAAAAAUGCAUUGGGUUUUGUUCAGUCUUGGGUGCACACUGAGGGACCCUGUGAUGGAGACUGCAACCUGCGGUACUCACAUGUGAAACCUGAACAUACGAUCGAGUACCUGGGUCAACAAUCAGAAUGUUUCAGUGUUGAGUCUGUGCUACAGUGUAAAGAGGGCUGCUUACCAACUGCUACCGUCUCCAUUCCUGUUGCCAUGCAUUGUCUGCCAGCUGGUUCCACAACAAACUUACUUGAUACACGGGCGAGACUAGACCAGAAGUCUGAAGAUCUGGUGCAUUCAGUCAAAGUUCACACAUUGUGCUCUUGUAAAAAUCGACGAUGUGCCUCAUAAGUUUCUGGCCCAGCAAAUUAGAAAUCUAUACUGUUGUGUGCAGUCAGGAUGUUUAUUCCAGGCAGCUGCACAAAUGUUAAUUUAAGUAUUUUAAAAGUCUUACUAAAUCUUCCUGAAGAAGUCUGACCUUGUAAAGAAAGUCUAACCAUAUCCUUGUAGAAACAAGGUUAACUAUUAAUGAAACAUAUGAUUUCCUAAUAAACACUGGCAUUCAAAAGGAAAAAAAA